CAACACGUUGUUGUUUCUUUCUUACCUCUCUCAGAAACGGAAACAAAGAGAAAAAGAAAAGAAAAAAGCAAUCUUUCUUCUAUAUGUCUUUACUUGGUUUUCGCUAUGGUUCUGUGUGCGUUUUUAUUCGGUCGUAAGAAUUGCUUAUGGCGACGUGACGUCGCCUGAGAUUUCAUCAUUUUUAGUUGAGUUUUGACGUCGAAUGACGGACGUUUGUAGAAGAAUGCUGAGCGAUGAUGAUGAUGAUUCCCCUGCCAAAUGCAGAGAGCGACGUCGUAGGAGAAUUGAGAUGAGAAGGCUCUCUUCUUUACCCGUCUCUGGUACGCCAUCUCCGGCGAGUAAAAGCCAAGUAGAGAGCUCGAAUUCUGUUGCUAACGAGAAGCAGAUUAAGAUUGUUGAUGGCGUAGAGAACGAACCGACGUUUGGAACUAUGUCAGUUGCAGGAAGAUCAUCUGACAUGGAGGAUGCAGUAGCUGUACGCAUCAGUCUUUGCAAGCCGGACAUUAAUAAUCGGAGGCCGGUGCAUUACUUCGCUGUCUAUGAUGGUCAUGGCGGUUCUCAUGUGGCAGCAUUAUGCAGGGAAAGGAUGCACGUGGUGUUAGAGGGAGAAUUGAUGCGCACGGACCACACUGAUAAUGGCGAGAGUGGGGAAGGUAGGGGUAAGAGCAGCAGCCCGAAGGAGCGUGAAUUCCGAGAAGGAAAGUAUGGAUGGGAAGAGCAGUGGAAGAGUGUGUUGAUCCGAAGCUUCAAGAAAAUGGAUGAGGCGGCAUUAUCCACGUGCGCGUGUGGCAGCAUUGGGUUCGACUGUGGGUGCCACCCUAUGGAGGUGGCGCUUGGCGGAUCAACUGCUGUUGUGGCAAUCUUAACCCCGGAGCACAUUAUUGUUGCGAAUUGUGGUGAUUCACGCGCCGUCCUCUGCCGAGGUGGUAGGGCGAUUCCGCUGAGUGUUGAUCACAAGCCAGAUAGAUCAGAUGAAUUUGCAAGGAUUAAAGCUGCUGGGGGUCGUGUCAUCUUUGUAAAUGGGGCUCGAGUUGAAGGAAUUCUUGCUAUGUCCCGAGCAAUAGGGGACAAAUAUUUAAAGCCAGUUGUGACAUCAGAGCCGGAGAUAACCUUCACAAGACGAGAACCAGAUGACGAGUGCUUAAUACUUGCUAGUGAUGGUUUGUGGGAUGUAUUGUCAAGCGACUUGGCUUGUGAGGUAGCUUCUGAGUGCCUGCGAGAGGGAAGUCCUACUGUAGCAAAUGCAAGGCCUAAUAUGGAAGAUGAGGAAGGUGGGGCGUUAUAUCCAUCUCGGAGCAUAUUGGCAGCUGCGAUUCUCACUCGCCUUGCUUUGGGACGGAGAAGUGCUGAUAACAUCAGUGUGAUCGUCGUUGAUCUUAAGAGGGAGCUGAUGCCUUAAAGAGGAUGAAAUGGAGUGUGACUUGAUGUCAAUAUCAACUUUGUAUAGUUGUCUCGAGGAAACACCAUGCAUAAGAUAGGUUCAAUUGGGGGGAUAAAAAUCUUUUCAUACAUUGAAUGUGUUAAUUUAACUCUAUUCUCUUUUGACUAUGCGAAGGCGGAAUCAGUUUUCAAUCA